GAGAGUUGGAGCGUCUUCAAAGAUUCUGGUUACAAGGAGCUUGCAAACCAACAAAAAAUAAAAGAAACGCGACGAAUCCUUUGGAUAUCAACCAGUUUAUGAGUGCCUUUCUCUUGUUGGGCUGUGGCGUCCUCUUCACUGUUGUCUUGCUAGGAGUCGAACACAUUUAUUUUAAGUAUAUCAGGAAACAUCUGGCAAAGACAGACAAACAAAGUUGUUUUGCUCUUGUGAGUUUGAGCAUGGGAAAGUCCAUAAGUUUUCCUGGAGCCGUCUUUGAAGCCCAAGACAUGAUGAAAGAGCACCGGUGUCAUGACCCAGUUUGUGAUACCCAGCUGUGGAAGGUUCGACAUGAACUGGAUAUGACCCGGCUAAAACUACGACAGCUUGAGAAACAACUAAACUUACGGUCGUCACCUAGUGAACACGUGACACAAAGAGAUGUAUCCAGGAGCCACAUUUCCAGUACUGAGACUCGCCUGAAAAACCCCUCCCCCCGCUCUUACUAUGGUCGGUUCUACCACGACAAACUUCGAAACACCGAAAUCACCGAAAUUGAAACUGUAUUGUGAGUUUGGUGUAACUUAGGGCACUCUCCGGUGUGUGAUUUGAAUUUGAAGAAUAAUUGACUCAUGUUGUUCUAAUUCUUCGUAAAUGAAUAAAAAAAAAAUAGACCGACAUACGUAGAGACGUCAUAUUUUAAGUACGGACGUAUGUAAUAUGUAAGUCCGUAUCUGUGUAAUAAUUGAAUAUCUAUACUAGUUCUUCUGCUUUCGUAAGGCUUAAGUGUCAUUUCAGAAGAUGAGUUUGUGCGAAGUUCACAUGGGAAUUUAAUGUUCUUCUGUUCGUCCCUUUCUUCUUCCUCUUAAUGAUACAUUGAUCCCUACUCCUGUCUGUACAAUUUUCAUUGGAUGAAUGAUGUCUUAAUGGGAUUUUAACCAUUCAUAGCUUCUUUCAUCAUAUCCUAGUACAGUUUCGCAUACUCCUUUCUACUGAUGAUGGCUAUAGUUGACCGAAACAACUGAAACGUUGUUGAGGAAUUCAGUAUUACAUAUAUAUAUAUAAGGAGGGCAACUUACACUUUUCUGUAAAGGAUGAUUAGUACUCAAAGGUUGAUAAUAAGAGUACUCAAAACCAUUUUUUUUCUUGCUUCUUAACAAAGACCCGUCAGCGAUGUUUCCAGGAGAUAAAGUUUUUUUAGAAGACAGACAUGUCAAUUUCCUCACAUUUUCUUUUGUAGCUCUUUACAAACUCACUAAUAUCUUAAGAUAUGAUUUUCAAGCAAAUAUUUCAUCAGACCAAAGGCACAAAAGUCCAAUGGAACUGCAUCAGGGGACUUUACAGGUUUGUGGUCGUACAGGAUUGCUGUGGUUUAUGGAACUGCAUCAGGGGACUUGACAGGUUUGUGGUCGAACAGGAUUGCUGUGGUUUAUGGAACUGCAUCAGGGGACUUGGCAGGUUUGUGUCGAACAGGAUUGCUGUGGUUUAUGGAACUGUGUCAGGGGACUUGACAGUUUUGUGGUCGAACAGGAUUGCUGUGGUUUAUGGAACUGUGUCAGGAGAGUUGACAGGUUUGGUCGAACAGGAUUGCUGUGGUUUAUGGAAUUGCAUCAGGGGACUUGACAGUUUUGUGGUCGAACAGGAUUACUGUGGUUUAUGGAACUGCAUCAGGGGACUUGACGGGUUUAUGGUCGAACAGGAUUGCUAUGGUUUCAGUUUUUUCAGCUACCUUGCUUGAGAAAACAUCUGUUUCAUUUACGAUUUCGACUAGAAGCUGGUAAACCUUCGUCAACUUCAAAUUAACGGUACCAGAAGAUAUGCUAAACUUCAUCACAAAGCCAUUUUGGGAUCAGAAGGUUCUCUUUCAUAAACGUAACAUUAUCUUUGCAGAUUAGUGCUUUGGUUUCACAAGUUGUUGCUGUCCUAGAAGAAAUAUUAUGUUUCCGUGGAGAAUAUUGGAGACUUGCGUUUUUUCUUUAAAAUUCUCUCUUCAUUGUGCAACAAUCUCGCUGUAUUAUUAUGUGUAUGUACGUUUAACACAUAUCCCUCCACCCAUCAAUCAAAUUUUAAAGGCCCUUUUAUAAGCCGGACAAAGAAGGUUUGCAGAUGCCUCUUAAUCACAUGACUUAAGCUUUAAAACAAUCUUCCAAUCGCAUCAAUACGAGAGCUGGUUUAUAUACGUUCCCACAAUUUUCCAAUGACCUAUAUCAAUCAUCACAUUGUCUAUUAUUAAAUAGGGCGAAGAACUAUAAUUUCCUAUAUGAAAAGUUUUGAGUGAUGAAAUAUAAUCUACCAUAUACGAAGUCUUGAAUUAUGAAGUACAAUCUCCUAUGUACGAAGUUUGGAAUUAUGAAGUACAAUCUCCUGUAUAUACGAAGUUUGGAAUUAUGAAGUACAAUCUCCUGUAUACGAAGUUUGGAAUUAUGAAGUACAAUCUCCUGUAUACGAAGUUUGGAAUUAUGAAGUACAAUCUCUUAUGUACGAAGUUUGGAAUUAUGAAGUACAAUCUCCUAUAUAUACAAAGUUUGGAAUUAUGAAGUACAAUCUCCUAUAUACGAAGUUUGGAAUUAUGAAAUACAAUCUCCUAUAUACGAAGUUUGGAAUUAUGAAAUACAAUCUACUAUAUACGAAGUUUGGAAUUAUGAAAUACAAUCUCCUAUAUACGAAGUUUGGAAUUAUGAAGUACAAUCUCUUAUGUACGAAGUUUGGAAUUAUGAAGUACAAUCUCCUAUAUACGAAGUUUGGAAUUAUGAAAUACAAUCCAAUUUGUACGAAGUUUGGAAUUAUGAAAUACAAUCCCCUAUGUACGAAGUUUGGAAUUAUGAAAUACAAUUUCCUAUAUAAGUAGCCUUAAGUAGUGAAAUACAAUUUAUUGUGAAAUCUGAAAAUUAACUUGUCAGUUCUAUUAAUUAAAAACUUAACAUGAACUUGGCUGCUAGAAGUUUUACAAGUCAAAGUUUUUAACGUUAACGGAAACAUAUUUCUAUUUAUUUGUAGUUUAGCGUUAUUGUGCUUUUAAAAUUCAAACAUAAAUUUUGGUAACUUCUAACUAUACACUUCUUAGUCUGUAGUUGGUACAAUUCAAAGUGGUUCUAUG